CAAGAGCUACCCGACUGGAGCCAUCCUCCAAGAUGUAAACGCCAACAUUAUUAAGUCCACUAUCAUCAACUUUUCUUUCAUAUACUUUUCACAGGUGAAGGAUGGACAGAGGGCAAGAUGAGACGGCGAAUAUGGCCGAACUCUAUGUAGCCUCGAGGAAUGGGUGUGUGAGCACCUUGACCACAUUGAUCCAAAGGGAUCCACACAUCCUUGAUAGAGUUUCAUUGACAUCCUUCAGUGAGACUCCCUUACACAUAGCAGCUUUGCUUGGUUACCUUGAAUUUAGUGAAGUGCUUCUCAGAAAGAAACCUAAACUUGCAGAAGAGGUGGAUUCGCGAGGACGAACCCCUCUUCACUUGGCUUCUGCGGAGGGCUACACUGACAUAGUAAAAGUAUUGUUACAAGCAAAUGCAUGUGUUGGCUUAACUCGUGGUCAAUAUUUUUGCUUAGUUCGUGAUCAAGAUGAGAGAAUUGCUCUUCACUUAGCCGCAAUGAGAGGACGAAUAGAGAUCAUAAAAAUGUUAAUUAGUGCUCAACCAGAGUCCAUCUGGGUGAAUCUCAAUGGAGACAGUGUAUUGCACUUGUGUGUUCGAUUUAAUCAUUUGGAUGCUUUGAGAGUGUUAGUGGAAUCGGAUAAUGGUGAAGAAUUGUUUCUCAGCUCCAAAGAUCAUCAUGGGAACUCCAUAUUGCAUUUAGCAGUAGUGCUCAAGCAAAUGAAGUCUAUAAAAUACUUACUUUCAAUACCGAAAAUACGAAGAGGGGCCAAUGUCAAGAACAAGAUUGGUUACACAGCUUUGGAUGUCUUAGAGGAAUGUCCAAGAGACUUUGAAUGGUUUGAAAUAAAAGACAUUCUCAAGGAAGCUGGUGUGACAAGAUCAAUGGAUCCUUCACUCCCACCAGCACCAAGUGGUACUAGUGUUGAUGAAGCACAAUCAGCUGGAUCAUGGUUUAGGAGAUUGUGGAAGUGUGUUUGUUUGUCAUUAGGUAAACGCUUGAAGCGAAACUGGACGGAGGAAGAACGUGGUGUGUUGAUGUUAGUGGCCACUGUGAUUGCAACCAUGGCUUUCCAAGCUGGGGUCAGCCCACCAGGUGGCGUUUGGCAAGAGCAUAAAUACAACUCCACGGUUAACUUCUCAUAUUGUGAGCAACAUACUAAUUUUGAAGCCGGCACAGCAGUUUUAGCUUAUUGUUAUCCAGGUCCUUACCUGGUGUUAAUAUCUACCAAUUCCAUCUCUCUCUUUGCAUCUCUGUGCGUCAUACUUUUAGUCACUUGUGGAUUUCCUCUUACGAGCCGCUUAUUUAGAUGGUUUUUUACAUUAGCCAUGACUACUGCUGUCGUGUGCAUGACAAUUACCUAUACGUUAGCAAUGGUUUUGAUAAACCCGUCUCAUCUUUAUGAUUAUGUUAAGCCUUAUCUAACGCCAGUGGAUGUCAUGGACAAGGUUCAUCUUUUUGAUGGACUGAGCUUGUUGCCCCUUACGUUAGUAGGUAUUUGGAUGGGAGUGGUUGUGUUGGUUGGUGUGAUUCACAUGAUUCGCCCACUCUCUUGGGCGGUCAAGAAGUGGCGCAAUUUCAAACCCAAGUUAACAAGGGGCUUGGCAGAAGAUCCGGCUAAUGUGUAAGAGGAAAGUGUCAUGAUCAGAAUUGUAUGGGGAAGGGUUAGGGUAAUCUAAUUGUGAUAUUUAUCUUUAGGUUUAGUGUUAAGUUCAUUAGUCAUUGAAUUGUACGUAUUAGGAUUAUUGGCUGAUGUUAUGCAUCGGAUGUAAUAUUUUCCUUCUCA